GCUAAGGAUUGGAGUUCUGCGCCAAAUCACAGGUGACUAGGAAGAAGUGCUGCAGAGCUGUGACUUGACUGCUUGAAUGCAAAGAGCUUCUCCAACAGAUGCAUGGAUGGAGAAUCCCCCAAAUGUCUCAGUGAUGCAGCUCCUAUACAUGCUGCCUCCGAGCCUCUCUCUUAUUACUGCUCACUUCCUGAAAGGAGACUUUUUAGCAUAGUCUCUAGGUCCAGCGCUGCCUGGGUCUGACAGAAGAAGGUUAUUGAGGAAGGCAACAUAAACCCUCAGCCUGGAAACUUUCUGACACCCGCAGAACUGAGGGGGAGAGAGAAGCCUUUGGCUGCUGCUGGGAAAAAGAAAAAGAAAAAAGAAAAACAAAAGAAGCUCAAAGAAUUAAAAGGGGAAAAAGAAGAAAGAAGGGAAAACGCUAGAAAAAGGGGCAAUGCCACCGAGAACCUUUGAUUCCAAUUAGCUCAUGUUGACACCAUUGCACCGGCCUGAGCACAGCGCACUGCAAAGACACUAUUGGCUUCACUGCUUUGGGGAGCACGCGGAGUGGCUGAGGAUGCCUGUGGAGGAACUGAGGACUCCUGUCUCUACAUAAGCGGUGGCCGAGAGAGAGACAUGUUGGGACAGCGCCCUUCCAGCUGCCACAAUACUCCCUGCACUGAGACAAGCGUCGCUAACUAUGGCAAUCGCUUGGAGGCUUCUCACGUGGACAGUCAUCUUCACUGCAGCCCUCUGCAACUUUCUGGGUUACACUUUCCAGUCGCAAGAGGAGUUCCUCUCCAGCCUCGAUCACUAUGAAAUUGCGUUCCCCAUACAAGUGGACCAAAACGGGGACUUCCUCACCUUUGACAUGAGGAGCCAGCUGAAGCAACGCCCUCGGCGCAGUCUGGGCUCCUUGCCCUACGAGCCAUCUGAGCAGCAGGUUUUCUACAAAGUCUCUGCCCAUCGAACCCAGUUCCUUCUCAACCUGACACUGCACUCCAACCUGCUGGCUGAGCACUUCACUGUUGAAUACUGGAAGAGAGAUGGUGUGGACUGGCAACAUGAUUUCCACGAGGAUUGCCACUAUGCGGGCCACCUGCAGGAUCAGUACCUGAACUCAAAGGUCGCCAUCAGCAACUGCAACGGACUGCAUGGGGUGAUAGUCGCAGAUGAGGAAGAAUAUUUCAUUGAACCGCUGAGCCCGGGAGCCAACGUCAGCACAGGGAAUGAGGGCAAGGGCAGCCCCCACGUUGUGUACAAGCGAUCGUCUCUCCAGUACCCACACAUGGAUGCAGCCUGCGGCGUGCUAGAUGAGAAGCCCUGGAAAGGGAGGCACUGGUGGCUGCGGACACUGAAGCCCUCCCCGCUGAAGCCAUCAGGCAACCACAGCCAGCGAGGCCAGCUGCCCCUGAAGAGAUCCGUCAGCACGGAGCGCUACGUGGAGACCCUGGUGGUGGCUGACAAAAUGAUGGUGGGGUACCACGGCCGGCGGGACAUAGAGCAGUACAUCCUGGCCAUCAUGAAUAUUGUUGCCAAACUUUUCCAGGACUCGAGUCUGGGCAAUAUUGUCAAUAUCCUGGUGACCCGGCUGAUUCUCCUCACUGAGGAUCAGCCCACACUGGAGAUUAACCACCAUGCUGGAAAAUCCCUGGACAGCUUCUGCAAGUGGCAGAAAUCCAUUGUGAACAGGAAUGGCAACGGGAAUGCUAUCCCUGAGAAUGGCAUAGCCAACCACGACACUGCAGUGCUGAUCACCAGAUACGACAUUUGCAUCUACAAGAAUAAGCCCUGCGGCACCCUGGGCCUGGCCCCUGUGGGUGGGAUGUGCGAACGAGAACGAAGCUGCAGCAUCAAUGAGGACAUUGGGCUGGCCACAGCCUUCACCAUUGCCCACGAGAUUGGCCACACGUUUGGCAUGAAUCAUGAUGGGGUCGGCAACAGCUGUGGCUCCCGAGGGCAAGAAACAGCCAAACUGAUGGCUGCUCACAUCACCAUGAAGACCAACCCAUUUGUAUGGUCUACGUGCAGCAGGGAUUAUAUCACCAGCUUCCUGGACUCUGGGAUGGGAUUAUGUCUGAACAACGCUCCUCCCAAGCAAGACUUUAUCUACCCAACAGUGGCUCCAGGACAGGCCUACGAUGCAGAUGAGCAGUGCCGUUUCCAGUACGGAGUUAAAUCUCGCCAGUGUAAAUACGGGGAAGUCUGCAGUGAGUUAUGGUGUCUGAGUAAAAGCAACCGCUGCAUAACCAACAGCAUCCCUGCUGCAGAGGGGACCAUAUGCCAAACCAACACCAUUGAAAAGGGGUGGUGCUACAAGAGGGAAUGUGUGCCCUUCGGCACCCGACCAGAAGGCGUGGAUGGUGCCUGGGGAGCCUGGUCGUCCUGGGGAGAGUGCAGCAGGACGUGUGGUGGAGGCGUAUCAUCAUCCAUUCGCCACUGCGACAGCCCGCGGCCCACGAUUGGAGGCAAGUACUGCCUGGGAGAGCGGAAGCGCUACCGGUCCUGUAACACCGACGACUGCCCGCCAGGCUCCCAGGACUUCCGAGAGCUGCAGUGCGCUGAGUUUGAUAAUGUCCCUUUCCGAGGGAAGUACUACACCUGGAAGACAUACCGGGGAGGGGGUGUGAAAGCCUGUUCCCUCAACUGCUUGGCUGAGGGCUUCAACUUCUACACGGAGAGAGCAGCAGCUGUGGUGGAUGGGACGCCGUGCCGGCAGGACUCCAAUGACAUCUGUGUCAAUGGGGAGUGCAAGCAUGUGGGCUGUGACCGUGUCCUGGGCUCUGAUGUGAAGGAGGACAAGUGCCGUGUAUGCGGGGGAGAUGGCAGUUCCUGCGAGACCGUCGAGGGCAUCUUCAACCAGUCCCUGCCGGAGGGAGGUUACGAGGAGGUGAUCCAGAUUCCCAAGGGUUCCGUCCACAUUGACAUCCGGGAGCUGAACCUCUCCAUCAACUACCUAGCGCUGAGAGGGGAGGGUGGCGAAUACUACAUCAACGGGAAGCUCUCCAUCGACCCGCCACGACGCUUUGACAUCGCAGGCACCACAUUCCACUACAGGAGGUCCCCAGACGAGCCUGAGUCCCUGGAGGCCUUGGGACCCACCAAUGUCACCCUCUUUGUCAUGGUCCUCGUGCGGACAGAGCUGCAGGGGAUCCGGUACAAGUUCAACGCACCCAUCAGCAGGGAUGCCUCCAACCAGUACUCCUGGCACUACACCCCAUGGACCAAAUGCUCAGUGCUGUGUGCAGGAGGCAGCCAGAUCCAGUCCGUCGUAUGCAGGAAACUCUCCGAUAGCUUAACUGUCUCCAACCAUUUCUGCAACUCUGAAACCAAAAUGCCAGAGCGGCAGAGGCCAUGCAACACCGAGCCAUGCCCCCCGGCCUGGGUGAUUGGGAACUGGUCCGAAUGUAGCCGAAGCUGCAAUGAGGGUGUCCGCACGCGCAGUGUCUUCUGCAAGCGUAAGAUCUCUCCCACUGAGGAGAAGACCUUGGAUGAUGCCUCCUGCACCCAGCCACGGCCAAAGAUGCUUGAGCCUUGCAAUAACCAGACAUGCCCUCCAGAGUGGGUUGCCCUGGACUGGUCCGAGUGCACCCCCAGCUGCGGGCCGGGUUUCCGCCACCGCAUCGUGCUCUGCAAGAGCGGCGACCACAGCACAACGCUGCCCACCUCCCAGUGUCCUGAGGGCUCCAAGCCCCCCACCAGCAUGAGGUGCAACCUGCGGCGCUGCCCACCCCCACGCUGGGUGACUGGCGAGUGGGGAGAGUGCUCUGCGCAGUGCGGCUUUGGCCAGCAGAGGCGAUCCGUCCAGUGCCUGGCUCACACCGGGCAGCCAUCUGGCGACUGCCUGGAAACCCUGCAGCCUCCUGGCAUGCAGCAGUGCGAGACCAAGUGCGAGUCAGGACCCACAGACAACCCUGAAGAGUGCAAGGAUGUGAACAAGGUGGCCUACUGCCCGCUUGUCCUGAAGUUCAAGUUCUGCAGCCGGACGUACUUCCGACAGAUGUGCUGUAAAACAUGCCAGGGGCACUAGGAACAUGGUGACCCUGUGGGAAAACUGGAAGGCAAGAGCUGCGCCGAAGGGCCGCCGAGCCGGGCUCUUCCUCUCGCCCCGAGAACCUUCCCUGGGCCCAACACAGACACUGGUCGUGCUUCCGGUGGGAGCCGGCAUCACCCCACCUGUCCCCCAAAGACACGCACCCUUCGCCCCCAAGCAUCCCAAUGGCAGAUCCCAGUUAAACCACUGCCGGCUACUGCAGAGACCAUGGCCAAGCGUGAGAGGAGCCAGUCACCAUGGUGGGAGAGGGAGAAGCUGGGCAGAGCGCAGCAGCAGGGACAUUACUUGAAAUUCUGAUACUGUUAUUUAUUUAGUAGUGGACCCAGGUCCUGCAGGUGCUGAGGCGGUACCACUCGCCCUGCUCCUGCCUCAUCCUACACUGCUUCACGUCCCGAGGGGGUGCAAGCCAUCCCUGGGUGCCGCUGCCUUUCCCAAGGGAGACAGAGAGGAAUUUUCAGGUGCCAUGGGUGAUGUGAUGAGCAUGGUUUGUAGCCAUCAGCUUCUGGGUGAUGGACGAAGACAAGCUGCCAUGAGGAGUGGGGUGGGAGCAGGGAUAUUUGCUUCACUUGCAUCCUGUCACCUUGGGACCUGCAGCAGGUGAUGGAGAACAGGUCACUCAGUGAGUAGAGCGGUGACACCAGUUUAACUGGGAGAGGGACUUACUCAAACUCCCUUCACAACCUACUUUGAUUGGGGCGUCCCUGUAUUUUUCCUAAAAGCCCUUAUCACUAUUAUGACUGUUUUUCCUUUUGAAGACACCUCAAAGCGUGAGCUGAGGUCAGGGCUGAGGCAUGCUCGGCCCUGACAGUCACUUACGGGGUGUUGAGGCUGUGCUGGGCCGCAGGAAGCAAAGCUAGGGAGGAUGCUGGAGGAGAACUGUCCCACAGCAUCCCCACUGCCAAGCCAUGAACUGGGACCAGUCUGUGCCCAGUCCUGGCUGGGCCCUCCCCAGGGAAUGCCAUGGCCUCCUAUGGUGCUCUGCCUCCUAUGGUGCUCUGCCUCCAAGGGUGCUCUGCCUCCAAAGGCAGGCUCACUGCAUGCAGCUGUGGCCUCAGGGUACCAGUCCCAGUGCCAUGCCACUGCCCCCAGGAGACCUCCAGUGAUGGGAAAAGAGCAGGCUUGACAUUCCUCCAGGUCACCUCCUGGCCAGAUCUGGGCCAACGCACAUCUCCAAUGGGCCAUCACAGCCUGCUGGAGGAGACCUGAAUUUGCAAUGUACUAAGCAUGUGCUUUUUGUUACUAUUAUUAUUUUUGGGUCUUUCUGCAUCACAAAGAGGAGAAACCUUGUCCCAGGCCAGGUUCUGUUCCCCUUGGGGGUCAUCCUCAGGGUGCAGGGUCAAGAUCAGCCCUCUUUUCCCAGAGCAAGCCUCUCUGCCCUGCCAGCCCUGAUGUGUUACUCUACCGUCUGUAUUUUUACCCAGUCAUCAGCCGAUUGCAGCUUCUCUGGUGCUCAGCAAAUCCCCUUUGGCUGGCAAGCGGGCAUUAAUUUGUCUUCAUUCCCAGUGCAAUGCUCCAUUCUGACAUGUUGGGAGGGGGUGUUUUCACCUUUUUAUAUAGAUAUAUAUAAUGAAAAAUGUUUAAAAUACUAACUCUAAGGAGGAGCGUCGUAACGGCAUGAUUUAUAAUAAAGGAGUAGCUACAAUCCCAGGUGCA